AUGUGGAAGCCAUCUUCGGCAAAAACUAUUCCAUCUGGAGGGACCACUCAACUCGAUAAAGAGUCAAGAUUUGCUUGCGAUCAACGUGACAUUGAUUAUAUUUCGACGGUUAUUUUCCAGAAGACUUUGUUUCAAAGGCUACAAGUUAUAGGACCAACAAAGACGACAUUCCUGUGUCGUGUUGUUGAGAAACGAUUGAUACAGCAGAGUUUGGUAGAUGGAAUGGAAAGAAUGCCACGGAAAUUGUGGAUGACUGUGGUGAUUCAGGAAGACCCCGUGCUCAGCAGCAGUGGCCUAAUAUAUUUCGACUUUGCCAGUUUUAACUUGAAAAAUGUGAGACAUCCGAUUUCGAAGUCCCGUGAAUUAGCUCGAGCUACUGCGAAUCUUCUCGCACCUGGUUGUGCUGCUUCCUCAAAGAACGUGAUGCCGCAUCCGUUCUCACUACAGCAGUUUGGGCUUCGCAAGAUGAGGAACUUCGGAGAAACACUUCGGAAGAAACAUAUAUUGUUAAGGAUGUUACGUGCACCUGCAUGCGAAAGACUAGCUCGUGCUUUGCAGGAAUUUGAGGGUUCGAGACGACUGUUGGCAGAAGCAAUUUGGAUGAAGGAGCGACUUGGUCGACGUGCAAAGUCGGUUGACGCUUUGAAGCGGUGA